AAUGUCAGCUUCGAAUAAUAAUUUAUAGAAACGAAAACAUUGUGGUUUCUUGUGUAAUAAAUUGCUUAAUUAUUAAUUUACCUUUAUAUUUUCAUAGUGAAAUGAGACUAAGGCAGCUAUUAUAGACUUCACAUUCAUCAUGGCGCUACGAUUGGCGAUGAAUUGCAGAGAAAUUCCUGCCUUAUUAAGAUCCUCUUUACUCUCGACCAGUCAGCGCCAGUUGCUUAAUCCUUCCAAGUUUAGUCAGCAGACAAACACUGUUCGUUACAAUCGUCUUGGACGGAAUACUCGUACUGAAUCGUUUGCUCCCCGUCAAACGAUCGUUCCUACCGAGGUGCAAGGACUCGUUAUCGGUUCCGGCCACAUCGAUCCCUCGAAGAUAUGGAAGUCGUUCGUAUUUACGGUUGCAUUCAGUACCGGAAGUUUCAUCGGUGUAACGAUAUGGGAGUACGAAACGAUCCGAUCGCGAGCAAUGAAUGCAUUGCGAAACAAAUUAAAUCUCCAUUGGUUCAAAGAUCGGGUGAAGGCUGGUCGGCAGGAGGUAAACCAGUGGCGUAAAGAUGUUGAUAAUUGGUGGUAUACGCUGUCGCCUGGGGAGCGAGUAUUUAUACCGAUCUGUGCAUUAAAUGUGCUGGUUUACGGACUUUGGAGGAUACCCGUGCUGCAGCCGACAAUGGUCAAAUAUUUUGCAUCGAAUCCGGCGGCAAAGGCAGUUUGUUGGCCAAUGGUUCUUUCUACCUUCAGCCACUAUUCGCUAUUCCAUAUUGCCGCUAACAUGUACGUGUUGCACAGUUUCAGCCACGGUGCAGUGGCCGCUCUUGGACGGGAACAGUUCCUCGGUUUGUACCUGAGCGCCGGAGUGAUUGCCUCAUUCGCUAGUCACGUGUUCAAAACGGUAAUGCGGCAACCGGGGUUAUCGUUGGGAGCAUCUGGUGCUAUAAUGGCCAUUUUAGCCUAUGUUUGCUUCCAGUAUCCGGACACACAGCUUAGCAUUCUGUUUUUACCAAUGUACACGUUUUCGGCGGGAGCGGCCAUCAAAGUUAUAAUGGGGAUCGAUUUGGCCGGAGUACUGCUCGGUUGGAAGAUUUUCGACCACGCAGCGCAUCUGGGUGGAGCACUGUUUGGAUUGUUUUGGGCAUACCACGGAAGUCAGCGGGUGUGGCCUCUGAGAGAACACUUCGUUGGCUAUUGGCACGAGCUAAGGGGGCCUCCGAAAAAGUGACCCAAAUCUAUAGCGAUUUGUUGAGCGACUAGGAUUAUAUUUUUUAACUGAAUCGACUUGAAGUUAAUGCAAAUAUAUGACCGUGGUAAUUUUUGGUCAUAUUUCAUU